UCAGCUCUCAAGCGAAAGGUUGGCGACGCUUCAGAUUUAUCGGGCUCGUAAUCGCUUCCAGACUUCUGUUCGUGUGACUGAAAAUCGUGAUGCAGGUUUACGGCAGAGAAUCAGGUAGGGAUUCCAUCGAAUCCGUAGGUCAUGGACUUUGGAGCUCUCUUCUCCGGUUCCUCGACGAGUGCGUGCCCUCCCACGUAACUUGAGAAUCAACGCUAAAACGAUAAAAAGAGAUAAGGCCAAUUCCCAGGGAGAAUGUCGCGGGCGUGAGCGAUUUGGUCGGCCUUGUCAGAUCAUCAGACGACAAGAGCAGGAGCCAAUAGAAUCAUACCACAAAGUUUAAGAAAGAACAAGGCGCUUCCCGAAGAAGCUCGACUGCUACCUCAGAAACAGUUGUACUAGUUCGGAAUAUAUCGAAAAUGGACGAUGAUGACAGCUACGAUGUGGACCCUCCGCCCUACGUUCCUGUGAAGCAUAUAAUUUUCGACAGCACUUUCUGGGAUCGAUGGAAACUCGUGGGUUCGAUUGAGAGCGGCCCAUUUACUGCGUGCAUGGCUGUUGAAGAUAAGGCCGAUCCGGGGAAAAAAUACGCACUGCAAAUUGACUCGAAGAUGGACCGCUUCGGAAUCAACGCAGACUCGCGGCAAUGUCUGGGGCUGUUCAGAAAAUGUGUGGUUUUGAACCGAAUUCUUCCCAAACACAAGCACAUAAACGCGCUGGACAGAUUAGUCUUCAGCCAGACGAGCAUGUUCAUAUUGCAAGAUAUGUGCGAGGGAAUGUUGGACCUCAACCACUUCUAUCCUAUGGCCACCGACAUCCUUGCGCGAGCCCUCUUCACCAAAGUUGCCGAGACCGUGCUCUUCAUGCAUGAAUAUGGCGUGGUCCACGGUAACUUGACCUCGUCCACCAUUCUCUACUUCCAUAAGCCGUUUACUGACUCCAUAGCCUGCAAGAUCACAGGCUUCGAUCUGGCCAUCCACUACCCGCACUUGGCCACGAAGCAUAAGAGAAACUUCCACCAAUCUGACUAUCUCUACGAUCACCAUCUGAGUGCACAGACCCAGGUGCCUUACACGGUGGCAGGAGAUGUGAGAGCCAUGGGCAAAAUCCUGUACAAUGUGUUAGUCAACAAUCCCGACCCGGACGACAUUCCAGCAACUGGGCCCGAUUUCAAGCCCUGGGUCCGCGAUGCGGCAUUGAACUUGCUCCGGAUGAUCGGCCCUCGAGGAUUUGGACCCGCCAGUGAUGACGCCCUUCCCGGAGCCCAAGUGGUCGUGAAUCACCCGUGGCUCAAACUCCCUCCUCCAGGGCCCCAGAUGGCCACUGUCAAGGAGCUCGAUCGAUUUCGCAACGAUUGGAGCGUCAGAGUGUUGGAAUCGCUGAUUUGUGAUCGUUCAGACUGUUUUAAUCACUAAGAAGGAUUUGUACAUAUAGUGUAGUCCACAACGGUGAUCUAUAACCGUAGUGUAAUGGGUGACCGAGAAGCUGCGUCCACUCCUUUGGACACUGAUACAGUUCUUUUGUAAUAUUAGCACUCCAAGAGUAUCUUUACAUCUAACACCCUCCCUUAUUCAUAAGGUAGUAUCUAAAAUUAUCUAAAUAUAUCUAA